AAUGGAGUGCGGGGCCCGAUUGGGAGCAAUAGGUGCAAUUGGCCUAGGGCCGGCCCUGGUACCAACUUUAACAGGUUAUUGUUGCGAUUUUACAGUCCAGCUCUUCUGUCUCUCAGUUAAACAAUAUUGUCACUAAGAGCACAGGUCGGGGAGGCACAGGGCAGGGACAAUCAGGAAAUCCCUGGGGCAAAUAACACCCCUCAGGCAACGUGUCACUGCCCCUCCCCAGCAAUCCUUCCUCCGCUUCUCUUACCACAAGGUUCAUGCCUCGGAGCUGACUCCACACAUUUUGUACAUAGAAAAGCCACCGUCCUAGAUCAGUUCCAGUAUCAGUUCGGGUGCUGCAGAAUCGCUACUACCGGUGCGGCCGCAGAGCUUUACCCGUUCUGAUGGAUUCAUACAUCACUCACCUAAAGAGGUGCCUGAAGAACAUACACAGGGUAAUAAAGAAGGCCAAUGAUAUCCUGUGCAGUAUCAGCCAGCCAUCAGUGUGCAGUGAAGUGCUGCUUUCUGCUCGCGGAACAGACUACAUUUCAGGGGUUCUGGAAGUGUAUAAAGUGUCAAAGAGAAUGGAAGGCGGAAUGGCCAUGCAUAAUAUAGAGCCUGAUGGACUUCAAAUCAUGUUUCGAGAUAUUGAUUUAACCUGGAAUAAUCUGCAAGCCUUUCUCUCCAUGUGUCCCUGUAUGCUUCAAAAGCUGCCCUCGCCAUUGGUUUUGAAUUGCACCACUGCCACACGCCAUUCGGAAACAGCCCCUUGCCUUAGGAGGUGUUGUGGUAUUUGCUUACUAGAAAGGCCGAAUGAAGAGCAGAUUAUAAAAGAGCCUGCAGACAGUUUGCAGAUGCACAAGGGGCAACCUUAUCAUUCAAGCUGUGCCAACUUUUGGCUGAACUGUGUAGAUUUAGAGCUACCAGUUUUAUCUUGUCACAGUUUCUGUUCUUUCUGCACACAACAAAAGAAUGAGAUACCAUGACGACACAGGCGGAGAUGGCCCACACCUGCAGAGGAACCAUUAAUUUGUCAACAGCUCAUAUCGACACUGAAGAUUCAUGUAACAUUGUCCUGACCAACGGAGGAAGAACGUAUCAUCUUAAGGCAAGCUGUGAGGUGGAGAGGCAAAGAUGGGUUACUGCUUUGGAGCUAGCAAAAGCCAAAGCUAUCCGCAUGAUGAACAACCAGUCAGAUGACUCUGGGGAUGAAGAACCAAGUUCCCAGUCUGAUAAAAGUGAGUUGCACAGCUCUCUGAAAGCGCUGACGAGUAAGUUGGAUGACCUCAGCACGUGCAAUGACCUUAUCGCUAAACAUGGCGCAGCCCUUCAGCGCUCCCUGAGUGAGCUGGAGAAUCUCAAACUGCCUGCAGAGAGUGGGGAGAAGAUUAAGUCUGUGAAUGAGCGUGCUACCCUCUUCAGGAUCACUUCUAAUGCAAUGAUCAAUGCAUGCCGCGAUUUUUUGGAUCUAGCUGAAACCCAUAGUCGUAAAUGGCAUCGUGCUUUACAGUAUGAGCGUGAACAGAGAGUACGCUUGGAAGAGACUAUUGAGCAGCUAGCAAAGCAACAUAAUAGUUUGGAACGGGCCUGCCGGGGAGCCCCGGGUCUCACCUCCAACACAACUGGAGUUCUAAACACUCCAAAAGGGAAUGUCCCAGCUAUAAAAGGGGAAGCCAGUGAUGAAGAUGAGGAGACAGAGUACUUUGAUGCCAUGGAGGACGCACCAGCUUUUAUCACAGUAACAGCUGACCCUAAACAGCACAGACGAUCUGGGAGCAACCUGAGCAGUGCUAGUGGAGGCCACCCAGAUGACUGGCAUCUAGAAGACAAUGCAUUUCAUAGUUCCCCGGAAAGUAAUCAUGAAUCUAAGCGCAAGGAACUUAUACCUAAGAAAAGGAGAAGAACACGUAUUCCUGACAAACCAAACUACAGCCUUAACCUCUGGAGUAUAAUGAAAAACUGUAUUGGCAAAGAAUUAUCCAAAAUCCCCAUGCCUGUGAAUUUUAAUGAGCCCCUUUCUAUGCUCCAGAGGCUUACGGAAGACUUGGAGUACCACGAAUUGCUGGAUAAAGCAGUGAAAUGUGAAAGCUCUAUUGAACAGAUGUGUUUUAUUGCUGCUUUCUCUGUAUCUUCCUAUUCCACCACAGUCCACCGGACAGCAAAACCAUUUAAUCCACUACUAGGUGAAACCUUUGAACUUGACCGACUAGAUGAUUUAGGAUUCAGGUCCAUAUGUGAGCAGGUUAGUCAUCACCCACCUGCUGCUGCCCAUUAUGUUCACUCCAAAAAUGGAUGGAAAUUGUGGCAGGAAAUCACCAUUGCAAGCAAAUUCAGAGGAAAAUACCUCUCCAUCAUGCCACUGGGGGAUAUUCAUCUGGAGUUCCAUUCCAGUGGUAAUCACUAUGUGUGGAGAAAGGUCACCUCUACUGUGCACAAUAUCAUCGUUGGGAAGCUCUGGAUAGACCAGUCUGGAGAUAUAGAGAUCAUCAACUAUAAGACGAAGGAUAAAUGCCAACUGAAAUUCAGCCCUUAUAGUUAUUUCUCCAGGGACAUCGCUAGAAAGGUCACAGGAGUGGUGACAGAUGCAAAUGGAAAAGCACAUUAUGUUCUAUCAGGCACCUGGGAUGAAAAAAUGGAAUGCGCAAAGAUUGUACAGAGCAGCCAUGGCAAUAGCUGUGCAGAAGGCAAACAAAAGACAGUGUACCAGACCCUCCCUCCGAAGCUGCUGUGGAAGAAAUACCCUUUGCCAGAGAAUGCAGAGAACAUGUAUUUUUUUUCGGAAUUUGCAUUAACGCUGAAUGAAUCUGAUGAAAGUGUUGCACCUACGGAUAGCAGGAAUCGGCCAGACCAGCGAUUGAUGGAGAAUGGCAAAUGGGAUGAAGCCAAUGUAGAGAAACAAAGGCUAGAGGAGAAACAAAGAGCUGUGCGCAGGAGAAGGGAAGCUGAAGCUGUGGAGGCAUUAGAAGAAGGUAAUGACUACGAAGGAUACCAGCCACUGUGGUUUGAGAGGAAAGUCGACCCCUAUACUGGUGAACUGAUUUGCAAUUACAAAGGUGGCUAUUGGGAGUGCAAAGAAAGACAAGACUGGUCUUGCUGCCCUGAUAUCUUCUGACCCAGCGUGAGAUACAGAGCUGGCAGUGCCCCCAACCAGUGCCCAUAGAGGAUGCACAGGAGGCUCAAUACAGCUUACAGCACUGGUGAAGAAGGGACGCAAACCAGCAUGAAAAUAACCAGAGUAAUAGAAACACCUGCCAGAAUCACCGAGAACGGGAGAAAGCAGGGAUCUAACACAUAUUUUCUAAUGAUAAAGCUUUUUUGGUUUACUACAGUGACAUUUUUUAGCAACUAAUAAGGACUGGGGAAAAUGAAGAUUAUUUAUUUUAUUGCUGAUGUUUCAUUUGACAUUUGCGUUUUUAUAAUUGCCUCUUCCAGCCUUUUCAAGGUCUGAAUCCUCUAAUGUACAAUCCAAUUUUGAGGAAAAUAGAGGAAUUUAAGGUACUUUUAGAAAUAUGUAUUUAUGUAUGUUAUCUAUGGCUAUAGUUAAUAGUUAUACUUAAAAGUCACAAGAUGUGAAUUAAUCUAUGGGCAGCAUCAAGUGGCCAACUGGAGACAAACAGCUAGAUCUCUUGGGCACUGUAUCAAUAUUGCAAAGGAUCACUGUGUAUGACAGGGACGUCAAGCCUGCAGUCCUUAGGUUUUGGCUGACCUGCAGCCUGACAUCCAUUCUUUUCUAUUUGACUAAUGCACUUUUGAUAAAAUAUUUCCAAAGAUAUGGUGCCGCUCUUACAGAAAGUGCUGUUGAUUAAAGGGUCAGUAACACCAAAAUGAUGAAAGGCCUUGAUAUACACUGAAAGGAAAAUUAAAGGUAAAAUCACUGGGGAGCCAAUUUUCUAGAUACCCCCAGUGAUACAAUUUUUUUACCCCCCAGGCUGGUGGGUCUCCUCUUAAAAAAUGCACUGGCCCAAGAUACUUUACAACAGAGUGUGCAGCCACCAUAUUUUACUCCGUUCUUACGUAUCCCCUAUGCCUACUGAAGCUAUGUGUAUGCGCAGUACAGAAAUGGGAGACGUUUUUUACUGUGCAUACGCUUAAGGGCAUGUAAUGCCAGAGAAAGUAGAAGAACAUGGCACUCACAGGAGAAGUACCCCAGGCAAUUGGAUUUUUUAAGAAAGAGGUGUGCAGGGUCAGGUAGGAAGAGACUAGAAUCCCUGUGGGCUGCCUAACAACUGGGUACUGCCUAGUGGUAUUACCUUACCCUCUCCUUUAAAUUUACAAUGUCCCCCUGCACUUUGUAUUUGCUCCAGAAGCUGUAGUACAAUUAAUAUCAAUACAUUCUUUUGUAGCCAAGGAAGUUGCCGUGCAGAAUCCGCGUUUGCACAAUGGGUUUUAGCGCUGAUAAGCCAAGGUCAGAUGUUAUCGAUAAUAUCAUUAGUCAUAGCUUUCUAUACAACUAUUGGACUGUUGCUGGCAAUAAAUAUUGUAUUUUCAGCUGCUGGGGAGACAGAUAUAAAAUAUAAAUGUAUACCGAGCAGUUUCAGUUUUUCAGUGUUACUGGCUCUUUAAAUGCUGUCCAAAGCAGGAAGAAACAAUUAAGACCAAUUUCAGUAAUAAAAAGCCAUGAGAUACCUCCUAAAACCAUACGUAGCGUUGCCCACAUAACAUUGCAUGGGUUUGCAGUAAAGCACUGCUGCAGCUUUGUUCUGAGCAGACAGAAGGAAUUUAGAGGCAAUGGAAAAGAAGCAGCAGAUGGUAAACAUGAGCUGCACUCCCUCUGCAGGACAGAACUGGAGCCGCACCCUCCCCUUAUUCAUUCCCAAACUGAACUGUGCAUUAUUGCGGUGCAGACAAGUUUGUUGGGCACCCCCCAUUGACUUUAAUUACUAAUUUCAUACCCUGGGCUGACAACCCUUUUAUUUAAAAAAAUAACCAACACAGGGUACUUUAGUGCAGAGCAUGCUGCUUUUUCCCAGGUAUCCCUUUUUCUGAACAAAGCUGGGUGUGUGCGCAGGACAGCAGUCACAAAGUAGUUCUGCACACAAGGGGAUACCUGGGAGAGAGCAAUAUGAUGGCUGAGGCACUUUCUACACUAAAAAACCCCAGACGAAUGCGGCCAAGGAUGGGUUAGCAAUUUAGAGUUAAUGGGGACUGGCUAACAAAUUGGCCCUCCAGUAAUUUGGGGUUUAUUUUUCCUGAUGGGGCGAAAUGUGAUAUUUGAUUAACUUUCCUAAAAAAUAAACAUUUUACCAUCACUGGAGGGUCCUAACAUAUUGGCACCCCCAGUGAUUGUACCUUUUCUUCUCCUUUAAUCCACAGGCUGCAAUACUUGCUGUUGCUCUGGGCUAUGUGCAAGCCCAGCCCAGGACAGGCAGUGGGGUAUAAUUUGAGGUGGCUUUCUGAGCUUAAAAGAGAAGGAGAAAUAAAAAGAAUGUCACUGGAGACAUCAUGGCCAAAUAACAUGAUCCCAGGGUCGGACUGGGCCGCAUGGACACCGGAAAAAUACCCAGACCUGACCCUGUUGCAAGCUCCUCCAGCCACGGUUGUCCUCGGGCGGGGGCCCAUGGGGGGUUAGGGGGGCACGGCGGGGGCAUCUUAAAGGAUGCGGGGCCCCUGCAUAAUCCAAUCUUGAUAUGUUAGACAUAGGAAGAACUCACAGGAGUGUCUACCAUAAUAUAUAUUUCACCCAACGGCUCCUUGAUGUACCUAUGUACUGUAUUGUAUGCACAGCCUCUGUUAUUAAAUAGGUGGGUAAGUAUUAUUUGCACCAAACUGGAACAUAUAAGAAACACAGAGUUAUGUCAUUCUAGAGAUCAGCAGGAUUGUGCUAUCAAUAAUGUAAUCAGGUAUGAGAUCCAUAGGCCCAUUAUCCAGAAAGCUCAGAAUUACGUUAAGGUCAUCCCAUAGACUCCAUUAUAAGCAAAUAAUGAUUUCCUUUUUCUCUGUAAUAAUAAAACUGUACCUUGUACUUCAUCCCAA